AUGACAACAUGCAAGCCCAUUCAUAAAAGCGUGCUGCACCGGAACUGCAGCGUGCUGCCGCCGCCGCCAGACAUAUCGCCCGAUGACCAUACGACGGAGGCCAAUACCCUGCUCGGGACACUGGACAGUGCUUUCCUGUUCUCCUACGCAGCCGCCAUGUUUGUCUCUGGGAUGGUAGCGGAGCGUGUGGACCUGCGCUACUUCCUCACGCUGGGCAUGCUGUUUUCUGCCAUCUUCUGCUACCUGUUCGGAAUCGCCCGCACCUACGGCAUACACAAUAUAUCAUACUACCUGUUAGUUCAGGCGGGUGCUGGCAUCGCGCAGACGACUGGCUGGCCAGGCACCGUCGCCAUCGUCGGCAAGUGGUUCGGAAACGGCAAGAAAGGCCUCAUAUUCGGAGUGUGGAACUCCCACACCUCCAUUGGGAACAUACUUGGUACAAUAAUGGCGGCGUCGUUCGUGGAGUCGGACUGGGCGCUGUCGUUCGUGUACCCGGCGCUGGUGAUGGGCGCGGUGGGGCUGCUGGUGUUCCUGUUCCUGCCGCCGGAGCCUCGCUCCGUGGGCAUCGUGGCCACAGCCACUGCAGAGCCGCGGCCGUCUCGCUCUGACGACGAGGAGGAGCAGCCCCAAGUGAUCGUUGGUGACCAGGCAGCGAACCUGAGACCUAACCGGCACUCCGCUAACGCGCCACUGCACCCGCCGGAGCCCGAGGAGGUAUCAGAGAGCACGGCGCUGUUGCGGCGUCCGUCGGGCACAUCCUCCGCCGUGUCGUUCUCUCGGGCGCUGGCCAUCCCCGGGGUGGUGGAGUUUUCUCUGUCGCUGUUCUUUGCCAAGCUGGUCAGCUACACCUUCCUCUACUGGCUGCCCGUCUACAUCAAUUCCUCCACGCGGCUGACGCCGCAGCAGGCUGGCCGGCUGAGCACGGUGUUCGACGCGGGCGGGGCGGCGGGCGCGGUGGCGGCGGGGCUGCUGGCCGACCGGCUGGGGGCGCCCGGGCUCGUCUGCGCGGCCUUCUACGCCCUCGGAGCGCCCGCACUGGUGGCGUACAGUCGGUGGGGCGCGUCGCAGUACGGGCUGAACGUGGCGCUGCUGGUGUUGGUGGGCGCGCUGGUCAACGCACCCUACGCCCUCAUCACCACCGCCGUCAGCGCCGAGCUCGGCACGCAUAGCAGCCUGGCGGGGAACUCGCAGGCGCUGGCUACUGUCACCGCCAUCAUCGACGGCACCGGCAGCGUCGGCGCGGCGAUAGGUCCAAUGUUGGCGGGCGUGGUUUCGACGAGCGGGUCGUGGUCGCACGUGUUCUACAUGCUGAUCGCGUGCAACAUCCUCGCGCUACUGUUGCUGCUCAGGAUAGUGAAAUCGGAGGUGGUGAAAUUACGACAAGAAAGGAGACUGAACUCGCCCAGAAUUGUGCGGAUAGAAUGAUGUUAGCUAUACAUGUAUACGUUACGUAUGAAUUACUAGAUACAGGUAUAAUAGUUAUAAAUAAAUAAAUAUAUCUAUGAGCAUGCUUCUAGCAUGCUAACAAGUUUUAUUUGAACUGUC